GUCAUGCUAAGAGCCCGGCAAACUCUGCAUUCAUUCUUCAAUUUUAAUACUAAGUUUAAUAGUUACCUGUUACUUGCUAGCGUAAAUAAAAGCAAAUAUACUACGUCUGUUUACAUUUCAUCGUAGUUUAGUCGAUUUUGUUUCGUUACUAAUUUUAGUCUUACUAACGUCAUCUGCACUCUGUUUCGACACUACACUAGAAGUCAAUUGACAUUUGACGCGCGUCAUGUCGGAAUUGUUGUCCUUUGUCUAUUUCUAAAUCAACAAAAACAUUAAAUAAAUUUAACACAACAUAACAUGGAAAUUAGCGUUCACUCAUUUGAAAAAAUAUGCCGAAUAUGUCUAAUAGAAUGUACCGACAUGAAAUCAUUGUUUUCAAAGACAGAUGAUGAAGAACGAAACCUACUUGAAAUACUCGAAUAUACUGCGAAUAUUAAUGUUCAUAUUGAGGAUAAUUUGCCUAAACAGGUCUGUUGUGAAUGUCAAGAUGUUAUGUGCAAGGCUGACGCGUUCAAGCGCCGCUGUCGGGAGUCCGAGAAGAUAUUAAACAACCUGUGCGAGUUCGGCAUACAAAAAAAAGAAACACAAACUUCUAAUGAUAGUGAUUACUGUAUUAAACACGAAAACGGUGAUGUUAACGAUCAGUUGGACAUAGACAACAGUUUUCCGCCGAAUGAUGCCGGUAAAGACAGUUUUGAUGUAAAAAAUGGUGGACUAUUUAAAGUUAUAGCAGUAUACCCUGCAGGAGAGACCAGCAUUGGUAAUAUUGACACAAAUGUAUCUGAUAAUUGUGCCAUACAUGUCAAGGUAGAGGCGGUCAACAAAUACGAGGAUGACACAGACUUUUCAAACCAUUUUAAUGACGCCGAAGACACAAGUUAUUCGGAGGAAAACAGUGAUAAAAAAUUAAAAACAUUUCACCAAUGCAACUGCGGAUUAAUAGUUAGUAGCAUAGAUAAAUUGAAAAGUCAUGUUAAACUGGGAAAUUGUAAACAAAAAAAAGUUAAACAGAAACUAACUAAGAAGGUUGCAAAACCAAAUAAGGUUUGUUCCAAUGACUAUGAUAAAGUUCCAUCUAUACUAACAACUUGGGAAGAUCACCAACAAACACGUCAAAAUGAACACAUAGACAAUACGGAACCACUGGAAUGUCUAUUAUGCUUAAAAACAUUCAAAACUAAAGCGCUACUGGCCGCUCAUAAGCAUGAAAAGUCAGAAAAAAGAGAAUUCUUCCAAUGCUCAUUAUGUUUACGUAGAUUUAAAAACAAAAAAUCACUCUCUGCUCACAUACAAAGGCAUAAGGAAACCGACAACAUUAAACAUGUUUGUGAGGUCUGUAAGAGAGAGUUUAAAUACAAAGCAUUUUUAGAAAAUCAUAUAAUAACAGUACAUUCAAAGAAAAGAGGUUAUUCCUGUGAUGUAUGCAGCCAAAGUUUUUCAAGUGAACAAAUGCUAGAGGACCAUAAAGAUGUUCAUAAGGGUAACAAGAAGAAGCAUCAAUGUACAGUGUGUAGCAAGCUGUUCGUGAUGUUGUGUACUCUGAAGGAGCAUAUGAGGACGCAUACUGGAGAGAAGCCGUUCUUGUGCUCGCAGUGCGGCCGAGGGUUCAGCCAGAAGACUAAUUUAGCACAGCAUAUGCGGCGCCAUCAGGGCUUGAAGCCCUUUAAAUGUGAAAACUGUGAGAAAAGAUUUGUUUCAAAAGGUGAACUCGACGCUCACAACAGGAAGCACAGCGGCGCGCAUCCAUUCGUGUGCGACGACUGUGGCAACGGGUUCACAACAUCCAGCGCCCUCGUCAAACAUCGCCGCAUACACACUGGUGAAAAGCCAUACUUAUGUGACCUGUGUCCUAUGAGGUUUGCUGCCUCAGGGACUUUGAAGAACCAUCGGAGAACUCAUACCGGUGAACGGCCAUUCCAAUGUUCGUACUGUGAGAAGGCAUUCGUCCAACGAAAUGACUUGAUCUCUCAUAUACGCUGCCACACCGGUGAGAAACCUUACACUUGUGCCCAGUGCGGCCAGUCGUUUAGAAAGGCAGCGGCUCUGAAGACCCAUGUGAAGAUGCAUGCGAAGGAGGCGGCCGGCAUGAUGCAGGGCGUCAUGUUGAAUGGUAUGCAGUGUGCUGAGCAGUGAGCUGAACAAUAUUAAGAUAGGUCUUUUACUAUUGACAGAGUGACUGUCUUUUUCUCAGAAUUGAUUUUGUUCGAGACGGGAAUUGGUUGAGUGUUUUUUUAAAUGACGUGCUAAAUAAUUAUAAAGUAUUAUUCUUUCGUUUGCGUUGAAUAUAGAAUAUUAAGAGUUUAUUUUAUGGACAACUGAGAGAACUAAAGUUAUUUAUUAUCUUGUUUAAGUUCAAACGCAGUGUAAUUUAUGCAAGUUUUUACGAUUCAAUUUGCAUUCAUCCUUGUGUGUCAUUCGACUAAGGAAAUCGUUUAAUUAUAGUUUUAAAUCAACUUUAACCACCGCAAAGUAUUGAAAAGUAUUAAUUAUAAUAGCGAAAUGAAGAAAACUAUUUCUGAUACAAUAAAAUCGGGACCAAUCUUCAAAUCAAUAUAAUUAUUAAUAAUGUAUUAUUUUCAUGGAUUGAAAUAGUCUUAGUAAUAAUAAUUGAAUUUUGCCUUUUUAGCUUUAAACGCUUAUCAACUGAUAGCAAUGUAUGAAACACCCCUCGGCAAUAUUAUUGAGAUAUCAAUAAUAAAAAUCAUUUUGUAUAAAUUAUAAUAUAAUAGAAUUAUUGAAUUCACCUGAUUUGUUAAAGAAUAGACUGCUUGCUCAAUUUCCUGAUAAAAUUAAUGUUUAUUUAUGAUGUAAAUUUAAUUUGUGUGCUUAGUGUGGCAUUAAUUUAAUUUACGAAAUAUCUAAAGAAAAUGUCGAAAACUAGAAUCGUCAAAUGGACUGUAUUGACCACAUCUUGUUCAUUUUCUAUUUUUUUAGAUAAGUAUUAAAAUACAUUUGAAACAAAACGAAUUACUUAAUUUAUUGACGUGACUUGAUCUACAAACUAAAAUUGUAUUAUAUGAAACAGUAUUUAAAAUGAACCCUACCCUAAAUGAACCGUACUGGGUUGUAGACCACAGUGGCCGGCUGCCGGUGUUAACUGAUGUAUAAAGAGCCUAAUCAAGUAUUAUAAUUAAUUAUUUUAAAAAUAACGUCCAUUUUAAAUAAUACUCUGUCAAUAAUUAUCAAAUGUAUCACUAACACAAGUUGUGUAAUAUUGUGAAUUUUAUGAAUACUCGAAUAUAUUAUUUUAAUGUAAA